UCCUUAAUUUAUUCUGUGUUGCGUCUUCUUUGAUGAAAUUGUGCAAAAUGGAUAUUUCUAGUGGCAUUCUGUUUCUGUUCAUUAAUAUAAUAGCAACGAAAUUCAAAGACGAUAUUACCGAUGGCCUUGCUGAUCAUCUUGUUUUGCGGGAUAGCUACGGGAAGCUACCUCUAUGAAGAAAUAGAGGAAAAACACAGCCAACCCCAACCUUAUCGUUAUGGCUAUCAAGUGAAAGAUAAAGAAGCAACUCAAAGCCGCCACGAAGAAAGUGAUGGACAUGGGACAGUGAAAGGAAGUUACGGGUACACUGAUGAUAAAGGGCUGUAUAGAGAAGUGCAUUACGUUGCUGAUAAGCACGGCUUUCGCGCUACAGUCAAGACCAACGAACCGGGUACGGCAAACCAAGAUCCAGCACAUGUGAAGGUUGAGGCAGAUCCACAGUACAAUCAUCAAUAUGAACACUCGGCUCAUUUCGAACCCCAUCAGCAACACAUUGAAUUUCCUGAAGAAAUUCCCCAAGUACAGAAAGUAAUUUUGCCUGUUCGCAUUCAUCAUAUUGGUGAGUACCAACAGCCCCUCUCAUCUCUAAACUACUCACCUUUGAGUGGCUUCAGCUACAAUUCGCCAUCAAAGAGCUAUAAUUACAGAUCUAUUAUAAAGCAAAAUAAUUAUCCUCACGUGUCAGACGAACAAGAAGGAGGUUACAAUUUCCACGUCCCUCAUUAUCGCAAUAAUUAUGGACUAAACGCUUAUUCUGACGAAAACGAAGAUUUUAGUAGUUUCGGGCUAGGUGAUCUUGAGAAACACAAGGACAUUCUGGAGGAGCUCAAGAGUUUGAAUAAUGAGCAAAGAGAUAGCCUGCUUAAAGAACUAAGUAUUAGCAAAGAAAAACUCUAUGAAAAUCUUGAAAAACUAAAAUUCCGACGCAGUCAAAAGCAGUACGACCAUCUGAAACAUCUGCUCAGCAGAGAACACCUCGAUGAUGAACAUAAUGAUUUCUUUUUAUAGGAUAUGUCCUCGUAGAUGAAAAAUAUUGUUUUUUCUAUGAGGAUUUAUUUCCUUUUAAAUACAACCAGGAAGAAUAAGCAAUAUAUAUUGAAUUGUAUAUUGUCUUCAAUCUUUGAUUAUGGGCCAAAUUGCUUGUAUUAUUUAUCAUAUUAUUCAUUCAUUUUCACAGACGGUUAAUAUGUAUAAUAUUCUCUAAUGACUUGUUUUUAAUUGAAACCAUAUACAAUGGUGCAUAAAGGAAACCAUAAAAUGGUAUGUAAAAUAAAUUAUUGAAUUAUUGA